AUGGCCAGCGUUGGCUGUGCAAAUGGCGCAUCGGCCGCAAGGUCGUUCAUUCAAAUCGCGAAGCGUGGUUACUCAACCGCCGCUGCGAGAUCAUCCGCUCCUCUAGAGUUUCUACUGCCCCAAACUGUCUCGACAACCGAUUGCCGCGCUGCAUUUCUCUUACGAUCGACGAAAACUACCCGCCCAAGUCGCACAGGCCGUGCGUGCUUGCGAGGCACCCCGUUCAGCGGUGGUCUACGACAGUCGCAGAAGCGAACCUUCACGACGACUGCGUCUCGACAGGCCACACAAAGGUUUGGCAAUUGGUAUUCGAUUUUGCAAAAGGCGCUCAUGCUAAUGUUUUCUGCGGUGCAGCGCUUGUCACAAAUAAUGAAAAAGGACGACAAUCCCAAUCUCGCUCUUCGCAUCCAGGUAGAAAGCGGGGGUUGUCACGGCUUUCAGUAUCUAAUGAGCCUAGUCACCAUACCACCGAAAGACACGGCAGAAUGGUCGACAGUUGUAAACGAAGACGACACCAUCUUCCAAUUUUCUGACGAAGCGGACACGGCAGGUUCAUCUGAGCAUGGACCUAGAAUUAUAUUGGAUGAACCGUCUCUGAACCUGCUAAAGGGGAGCAAGGUGGACUUUACCAUGGAAUUGAUUGGGUCACAAUUUAAGAUUGUUGACAAUCCGUAUGCUACAAGUAGCUGUGGUUGCGGCACAAGCUUCGAUAUCAAGCUGUAG